AUGGCUUCUCGCCGUCGCAUGUUAUUAAAAGUCAUCAUCCUCGGCGAUAGCGGGGUUGGCAAAACUUCACUGAUGAAUCAGUAUGUGAAUAGGAAGUUUAGUAAUCAGUAUAAAGCUACAAUUGGAGCUGAUUUUCUUACCAAGGAAGUUCAAUAUGAAGAUAGGUUGUUCACAUUGCAGAUCUGGGAUACUGCUGGUCAGGAGAGGUUUCAAAGUCUUGGCGUGGCUUUCUACCGAGGUGCAGAUUGCUGUGUCCUUGUUUAUGAUGUAAAUGUCAUGAAAUCUUUUGAAAACCUUAACCACUGGCGAGAAGAAUUCCUUAUUCAGGCCAGUCCAUCUGACCCUGAAAAUUUCCCAUUUGUGGUGUUGGGAAACAAAGUUGAUAUUGAUGGUGGAAAUGGCCGUGUUGUUUCUGAGAAGAAAGCAAAGGCAUGGUGUGCUUCCAAGGGAAACAUACCAUACUUUGAGACCUCUGCAAAGGAGGGAUUCAAUGUUGAAGCUGCUUUUGAGUGUAUAACCAAAAACGCUCUCAAGAAUGAACCUGAAGAAGAAAUAUACAUGCCUGAAACGAUUGAUGUUGGUGGCGGUGGACGGCAACAGAGGUCAACAGGCUGUGAAUGUUGA